CAAAACCCUAAUAUUCAUAAAUAAUAAUAAUCAAUCACUUUGCUCUCUAUCUCUCGUCUAGGGUUACCGUUGAGAUAUCAUCAUCACUUUCGCUUGGCUCAAUCAAUCGAUGUAAUGAAGCGAGAGCGAGAUCACCAGUUCGAAUGCGGAAUAUGUGGAGCAGAAGACCGGUAUCUCCUCCACAACGUCCGCCACCGUACCCCAUCCUACCGCCGCCUUUGCACGAACUGUCUCUUAAAAGACCACCGUGGUCUCUUCUGCCCUUUCUGCUUCAGUGUGUAUGAAGAACCACUCCCAAUUGAUCGAUCCAUGUGUAACAAAUGCCCUUCCAUCUCUCACAAGCCUUGCAUCCCUUCCAAUUACCCUCACCACACUCCCUUCAUCUGCCCCUCUUGCUCCUCCCCCAAUUUCUCCUUCUUUAACCCUGCUACAAACGGAGAUUCUCCUUCCGGCAGGAUCAUCGAUAGAGAUUCCGCCAGAGCGCUUGUUGCUGCCGCCAAGAUUGCUGCCGUUUCCAUGACGAAAGCAGCGGCGAUGGCCAAGGUUGAAGCUGAGAAAAGGGUUAAGGAAGCUACAUAUGCAAAGAAGAGAGCUAGAGAAGCGCUUGAAAGGCUUGCUUAUUUGGCUGCCAAAGAGAAAGAGAUUAUGGAGGGAAAAGGAGGAGGAAGUAAUUAUAAUGGGCUUUAUCUAGCUCCUCCUCCUCAGAUUACAGGGAAAAUGGAGAAAUGAUGAUGAUUUUACUUCUAAAUAGGAUUGCCUUCAAAGUUGGAAACGGGAGGACAUUAUCAUCAUCUUUAUCGGAGGUGUUUUAUGGCUUGCAGUUACAGUGAAUACUAGUACACCAACAAGGAUAAUUAAGAAUCCUCUCACAACAACAUUACCUGGUUUCGUCUUGCUUCCUCUUCUUCUUCUUCUUCUUCUUUCUCUUUUCCCUCAACUCAAGUUUUACUUGUUCUGAUGAAUGAUGGAUUUGUGAAUUCCCAUAGAGGGAAAGGAUAAAUAAGGAGAGACUAAAACCAAAUAACAUGAAGCUCCAUUUUCUACAGACAAGGGUGUCUUAAAUUAGGAAGAUUGUAUUUUUUUUUUUUUCCAGCAGGAUUGCAUAAGUAUGUUCCAUUGUAGGUGCUGUAUCUCUGGUUUACAAGCAAAAUUAUCUGCUAAAGGAUGAGAUUUUUUGAGAGGAAAUGAUGGCUGCUAGCGAGUUAAUUUUGCAGUCCUGCAAGCAAUAUUCACUUAAACGAGUUCGUACUUUGUGAAUAGUCGAGAGCCAAUGUUGAAAUCUACCUCCUAAUUAAAUAUGGCAUUCUAAGAAGCCAUCAGUUUGCACCGCCAA